AGAACAGGGUGGGGAGAGGUCUUGUCAUGUAUAGUGUAGCUUACAGUAAUAAUCUAUACCGUUAUCUAAAUAUGAACAAUGCUGAUGAAAGGCAAAGAAACAGCACAACGUAACAUCCUUCCAUACGUGGUGCAACCAUACAGAAACAGGACGGUGAGCGCCUACGAGCAGAGCACCUGUGGACCCAAAGAGGCACUAAAACACGGUAGACUGCGAGGAGGCUGAGGGGAGGCUGGGAAUGGCUGGUGUGGCGGGGUCGGGGAGGGGAAGGUGGGAGGAGGAGGAGGUAAUACGAAGGUAUCUGAAGGAGGCCGCUCGCGCCACGCCGCCCCCCAGAGCUGACCUCGCCCAGCUGACAGAGGCGAGCAGCAAGUUCUUCAUCGAGUUCCCUAUUGACACAGCCAGAGUCAAGACGCACCUCAAGAACGGCAAGAACCCGAGGGAGUUGGAGGCACAAUUCAACUCCGCCUACCCACUCCUGCACCACCGCUGCCUGCCGCUCCUCGCCGCCUUCCUGGACUUCAAGGCUUCGAAUGGCACCCGCGUUGAAAAGGCCGUCUACAAAGGGCUGAGUCUGUUGGGCCUGGUGGAUCGGCUGCUACUCAAGAGGCCCGUCACCUUCUUCGGACGGGGUGACCAAUACCUUCUGCGGGACGGGACGCAUGGCAGGGGAGGUUUCGAGAAGAUCGGAAGCGAGCAGGAGGCGCCGCCCCUCUGCCUCAAGGACUACCUCAGUUAUGAUGAGGUGAAGCUCUCUGCGCUCCUGUCCGUCUCCUCAUCUUCCUUCUUCAUUAAUGACGGCAGCCGCAGGAACAAGGGCGUGCCCGGCGCGGCGGGCAGUUUUCAAGAGUCCGGGGUGAUCGUGGGCAUGGUGGGCGCCAGGCUCAAGAAGGCAGGCGUCAUGGAGUGGCAGGACUGUGUGGUGACGCCCAAACAGAACACUCGUCAGGGUGGCUACGGGCCGCCGGGUGAGCGGCAGCACCUGCAGCACCUGUGGGCAAGGCUGUGGGGCAUGACGCUGCCGCUGUGGGAGGCCGCGGCGCCGGGCGAGACCUUCCUGGAGGUGAACAAGACGACGCGGCUCAACGUAGCAGCGUACAAGGCCAGGAUGCAGCUGACAGCGGAGACGCUGCUCGCCGAAGCCAAGAGUCGGACAAAGGCGGCGGGACUCAAGGCGUACGUGCACGUGGUAGGGCUGGGCCUCGGCGUGUGGCGUGCCUCCCACCAGCAGGACGCCCUGUUCGUGGACGCCUGGGGGGACGCCCUCAAGGGGAGUGACGUCACGCAUGUGGCACACAUUGACUUCAGCUGGAUUGGCGCCGAGGCCUGCCAGGGCGUGCGGGACGGCGAGGUGUUUCCCGGAACGGAUGUCGUCAUACACUUCUCUAAGAGGUCCUUGCACGACCCUGUCCCCCGCGGCACGCUGCUGGUAGUGGGCUACGCCUGGGACGGCAACGCCCUGCCCGGCAAUGAGUACUGGCUUGGCAAGCUGAGCAGCACCGGCGACGGGGCGGCCGCCUGCUCCUCCGGCGUGGCGGAGCUGCACAACACUCACAUCAAUUCCAACGUGCGCGGCGCCAACCUGCACGUGGCUGGGCCCUGGGGCGUGAUGCACGUGGCGGAGUAUGCCUCCCGCAUCGUCAAGUAGUCCGGCACCCCGCGGCAAGGCUCAGCGCACGUAAGGGUGUGGGCGCUACGAGUGCCAGUAGAGUGGCACAACCCUUAACCCGGAGUGGCUCUCAGUGACGCUUGAUUUUGUACGGCGAUUGUGGGAACUAUGCGGAUUGUAAUCUUUUCUGUGAUCUUUUUUCAUUUUACACACCAAAAGGUUUUUUUUUCGUUUGUUGUUCAGGACAUCAAUUAAAUUGCAAAAUAGGUCAAGAUUCA